CCGGAAUUAAAACAACGUUAUGAGACGUGGUUAACGUGCCCUCUCGGUUGCACCCAAGGUUAAUGCGCUGCACGAUGGUUGUUGAGAAAGGUGUCUGUCUGCUGUUCAUCUUUCUUACUCUGACAUGCGUCUUUUCUCACUCCUGGACGCCUCAAAAUGAAGGUAGAAAGCUGUUCGGUGGUUACACGAUAGUGCCGAAGGUGUGCCGGCCGUCUUUGCCAUCGCGCAAGUCGAGCGAGCCACCGAUAUGCAUGUUUAAUUAUGAAUGCACACGGCGUAACGGUGAGGUCGUCGGUGCCUGCAUGGACGGCUUCCUUUUCGGUGCAUGCUGCCAAUUACCAUCGAAGAGCUCGAUAAAUAGCAACGAUGAUCUAUCCAACACCGAGGAGUUUAUCAAUUUAGAACAGAUCGACCAUGUACCCGAUAUACCUAUCCUGCUGAAUUCGGACGGCAUGCCGAUUGGCAUGUCAUCGAGUGGCGAGACCACAAAGACUGAUAAGCCAAAUGUCUCUAAUGACAGCGAAAUGAUAUACACGAAAAUCUCAAGUUCGAAUCAAGAUUCUUCACCGAUGUUAUCGUUAUCAAACAAUGCCGAAAAAAUUCAAUUUCCCCAACAGACAAAUAUAAAUCAAUUGGCCGAGGGCUUUCCAGUUCUUUUGGGUCAGCAGGACAUUAUCGAUGAUCUAAGAUUGCCAGAAUUAUUGAUGCAUUCAGAUUCUAAUAACGAUAUUCAGAAUCAUCAAGAUCCGCCAAGGGAGAAACCAAUCACUACGUUGCUGAGUCCCGAUCAAAUUUUGCAAAUAGUGGAUCCAGUCGAUCAGCUUCCGGCAUUGUUCUCGCACGGACUAAGCCAGAACAACCACAGCGAUCCAGAGACGAUAUUGUUGAAUGAGAACGGUACAAUGCUUGAGGAGAUCAAUAAUCCGGACGAGAUUUUCCGUCCCUCCUCCACUGAAAUACCGAUCGAUAAAAUCACACAAGAUGGAAAUAUGUGGAUAAAAUUUUCAGAGCAGACUGAAUCCUCCAUGCCGGAAUUGACGUCGCAAACUUCCAAAUUAACAUCUAUGAUAAUGAAUGUGCCCAUGGUGACUCAGAUGUACACCAAUGUGCAAAAGCUCACGAAUGAUUUAUCCAGCACAUUGCUGACAAACACAUUCGAGAAAACAAGCACAGUCGAGAAGAAAAUGACUACAAAAAUGAUGACGAAUUCAAUAAAAAUUGAAACUACUACGCCAAUGACCUCCUCCAGCAACAAAGAUGACUUGGUGAAGGUACCUACAAUUAUAUACGAUUUGCCAUCAGGCAACAAGAAGAAGGAUGAUGUUAUUUACGACAAAGAGGAAAUCGCCAUUAAUCACAUAAUCUCUAUUCUGAAUGACACCACACCGAAUGCGGACGUAUCAGUGACUCUUCCGGUUCCUAAUUCCUCGCCGGUUCAGGCCUGGGUGAGUAUUGACGAGACCUCAAAACCUAUCCAUCAUGUCAAAGUCAGUUCUGCAAAUUAUCGACCUACAACGCCUGCGUCCUCGACUUUCCCGUACAGUUAUUACAAACCUGGUUUCACACAGUCUAAACCUUCGUCGGCGUACUACAACUACGAGCUCGUACCUACCGAGACAACUUAUACGUCGCACCAUCAGACAUCAAGUGGCUCACGACCAUCCACGCAAACGUACUCCGGCGCUUCCAGCGGCAGUUUUAUCAGCAACCGACCUACGACGAACCCUCCGGCGCCAACCGUGAUAGUUCUCGGCCCGCUUGGAACGAGCUUUACCACGCAAACUACUCAGAAACCCGUCACGAGAAAACCUUCGGGCACAACUAUCAAGCCCACUUCAAUUUCGAUUAAAACUACUCCUGUUAGACCUAUCACCUUAAUCACCAAGAAACCCAGCGUGUCCACUACCAUAACUCACAACAUCAGCACCGUAAUUUCCAACGUCGCCAACAAUAAUGUGGUCUCUACUAGCUAUAUCAGUGUCAACCUGAAGGAUGGCACCAGCGUGAAACCAACAGUUGAUGUUAACACCGAGGCGAUCGAGGAAAAUGCGAGCACAAAGACUCGGCCGAGCACGAAAAAGCCUGUGAUUUGGACCACGGUCUCUUCGUGGUCGAACAAACCAACGUUCAAUCUAAAGCCAUCGAUGUCCAGCGUCAAUUGGUCAAACAAUAAUUUGACGCCAGUUAAUAAUAUUAUAUUCAAAGAUACCGUAAACAAGGCUACCAGCACUACCUCUGCACCUUGCGAUGAUGAGACUGCGGCACCAGACGAUCUUAUUAAUUUUCCACCAGUGCGGAAUCCGAACCUGAAUAUCUCUAUGCCGAUCUCGCAGCAGGAGAAGCCGACAAUUGUUGAGGCGUACAAUAACACCGGGUAUCCGGAUAUCGAACUCAUCAGCGAGCACGAUAUUCCGACGCCCACGUUUGUUGAGGACGAUGUGCUGACAAACAAAGUUGACGCUUUCGUUGUCAAACUCGUCGAGUCGCUGCAGGGUACUUUUGAGAAUCUAAAAGACAUAGUCUACACUCGAAAUGCCACCGUAGAGAAUUCAACAACAUCUUCUACCGUAACGAAAAGACCUGCAACUGGAAGCACUACGACAAAAAGACCUACGCGAAAGCCCACAACUAGACCGGCAUCGUCCUCGUCGUCGACGACGACGAAGAGGCCAUCCGCGACUACUAAGAGGCCUACUCGUCCAACUCAGAAACCGUCCGAGAAGCCAACGCGUCCUACUAAAGCAACUACUUCGAAACCUAAACCAAACACAUCGCAGAACGUUACAACAAAAAGACCGCAAGUAAUAACGAGGCGUCCGACAAAACCGACCAGGAAACCCACGACUGCAUCGUCCAGCAGUACGGAGGCAAUUCCGCUAGAAGAAGAACAGAAUCUGCACACGACUACAAGCAGCAUUGCAGAAACGAAUGUCAUCCAGCAGAACGUAGCCGAUUUUAGGACUCAAUGCGGCGUAAGACCUCUGGUCUCAAAAAGAUCAGGAAAAGUAGUCGGCGGAAAAGGCGCAGAUUUCGGAGAGUGGCCAUGGCAGGUUUUGGUUCGCGAGGCGACUUGGCUCGGCUUGUUCACGAAGAAUAAAUGCGGAGGUGUACUUAUCACCGAUAAAUAUGUGAUAACAGCGGCCCAUUGUCAACCAGGCUUCCUGGCUUCUUUGGUCGCGGUGUUCGGUGAAUACGAUAUUUCGGGCGAAUUGGAACCAAAGCGCAGCGUUACGAAAAAUGUACGCCGUGUCAUCGUGAACCGCGGUUACGAUCCAGCGACAUUCGAGAAUGAUGUGGCGCUUUUGGAGCUCGAGUCACCAGUGCAGUUUGAUGAGCACAUAGUACCGAUUUGUAUGCCAGAAGACGGCAUCGACUUCACUGGCCGAAUGGCGACGGUCACAGGCUGGGGCCGACUUAAAUACAAUGGUGGUGUGCCGUCGGUGCUGCAGGAGGUCCAAGUGCCCAUAAUGGAGAACUCAGUUUGUCAGGAGAUGUUCCAAACUGCCGAUCACAUAAAAUUGAUUUUGGAUAGCUUUCUCUGCGCUGGAUACGCUAAUGGCCAGAAAGAUUCUUGUGAGGGUGACAGUGGUGGUCCGCUAGUGAUGGAACGGCCAGACGGCAGAUGGUUCCUAGUCGGGACCGUGUCUCACGGUAUUAAAUGUGCGGCUCCGUAUCUACCGGGUGUAUACAUGAGGACGACUUAUUAUAAGCCUUGGCUGCACAGUAUCACCGGAGUCUGAGAAGCUGGGUCACAAUCGUCAUAUCACGUUCUCGCGUAAUUGCGCGAGCGGCACCGAAUGCCAUUCUGUAUAAAUGUACAAAGGAAGCCUAAUUUAUUUCCCUUCGAGAUAGAGCGUAUUUAACUCAAUUAAGUAACCGCAGAUGUAACCAAACUUGAAUGUCAGAAUGUAUUGAUUUCUGAAUAAUAAUGAGACGCUUUAUUCUCUUAUGCAUCCGUUAUUUCAUGUUUUCCAUUAAUGCAACGGGAAUGACACUUGCAUAAGUUUGUGCUGAAUAAAUUUUAUUGUAGAAGCAGAGAAAUACAGGAAGAGAAAGAGAUAGAGAGAAAGAGAGAGAGAGAGAGAGAGAGAGAGAGA